ACUCCAAAUCAAAGAUAAUCCAAAUAAAUAUCCAAAAGUGAGUAUCAUUUAUGGUUGGGCAACAAAAGUUCACCGCUGAAAUGGAGCUAGGUAGCUGAUACCAUCUCAAUCAAAGAUGAAUAAACAUUUUUAACUAUUUUCAAGUGAGCUCCAUCCCUCCCGCUCCCAACACAAUGUUUGACUUGUACAAAUGAAUGUCAAAUGCUGCUGCAGCACAGUUGUCUGAGUCUGAGUAGCAAAUAAAAUUAGCAAUAAAUUUAAAUAAAUAACUGACUGGCGAUAUUAGAUCAUACCAAAUCUCAGGGGGCCCCUAGAGCAUGGAGCUCAAGCAAAACUCACUCAAAACACUCGAAACGAAACCGAAAAUUUGAAUUGAAAAAGACUCAAGAGAGCGGAAAGACCCACUGGGACCCGAUACUACACGAUACCCAAACGAUCCAUGCCGAUCUCCGAUCCAUUCCGAUCCGAUGCGAUGCGAUGCGGCCAACGCAAAAGGCACCCACACAUUGGGUAGAUUCGGGGAAAGAGAGAACUGGUUUCUCUUCAAUGACGUUGUGUUGGCGUUGGCGAGCGCCAGUGGGUUUCUCGGUUUAUUGGUCGCCGCGGAGACUUCGUAUCUCACACCGCACGCUCAGCGCACCAGACAAGUGAACCGAUCGGAUCUGAGCCCGACUUCCACUUCCACUUCCAGCCUCUAUGUGUGGGCGAUCCCGAUUCCGAUCCCGAUUCCGAUCCCUCUCAGAAUAGGCCACGACAAGCUCACUGGCCUGGCUAACGGAGUCAAAGCCAAGUGGCUCAGCUGAUGCUAGCUGGCAGGCUGGCUGGCUGGCUGGCACUCAUCUCGGGCGACAUUGACGAUCGAGAUAUAUCUUUUUAGUGCACAGCGGACAAGCGCAGCAAGCAGACGCAGCGCGCGCAGCAUUUUCUCCGUGUCUUCCGUCGGGUUAUUGGAUACAACAGAUACAGAUACAGAUAUAGCCGCCGCUAAAGAUACACAGCCGCUCGGCGCGUACUCAUAGAUAUUUUUAGCAGCCGGCCUCACGCAUAUAGUCCCCGUCGCACUGACACACGCGGCUUGCACGUUUUGGAAAAUACACUCGUUCGUUCCUCAAGGCUUUUCCUGCUCCUCGGAAAAUCCAACAAAAACUCUGUGAAAAAAGCCAAGUUCUUAUCAAUAAUUAAAUCGCCGAAAAAACCGAAAAGGAACCAACUCAAUUCAACCAAAACAAAAACACGCACAAAACGUCUCACAAACAAGUUUCAAAUCGCUUCGAGGAAAUAAAACUGAAAACAAUAAUUUUUGUUGUGUUAAUAUGCCAAAUUUAUGCAUGAGCUAAACAACUUUAAUUCAAAAAAAAAAAACAGCAAAACUAAAAAAAGAAGCAACGCAAAGAUUGAAUAUCAAAAUUCGUUGGGUGACUAAUUAGUUGAUACGUCGUCGGAAUUUCAAUUUGCAUACUUUAAUGAGCCCGAAAUUAAAAUAAAAUCAUCGACAAAUCUUAAUCAGAGUGCACAGUCCAAAAUUAAAAAAGAUUUAAAAACCUACAAAAGCCACAAACAUCAGCCAUACACAUUGUUGGAUUUAUAAAAUCAAAAAGAUGAAGUCCAACACGUACGAGCUGCACAACUACGCCGCCGAUCUGAACGAUAUGGAUAUGCCGGAGGCCAAGGAUUCGCGGAAAAGGAAGACGGCCAGCGCCCGAAGUGGCGAAAAGUAUUCCCUGAGACAAAAGCGUCAGAAGAGAAAUGCCAUCGAGGAGGUGGACUCUGGCCACUUGCCUGACUUUCAACUGGAAUUGGAUCCCAUUGUGGAGCCGGCCAGUAAAUCACGGAAAAAUACACCCACAAAGGCCAAGACGAAAGCACCGCCGUUGAGCAAAUACCGCCGGAAGACAGCCAAUGCCAGGGAGCGCACCAGGAUGCGAGAGAUCAACACGGCCUUCGAGACCCUCAGACACUGCGUACCCCAGGCGAUAACCGGCGAGGAUGCGGCCAAUGCUAGUGAAAAGUUGACCAAGAUCACCACCCUGCGGCUGGCCAUGAAGUACAUCACCAUGCUGAGCGAUUCCAUCCAGGAUCCGAGCUAUGAGAGCGAGUUUAUUGGGGAGUGCCUGGAGGAGAGUGCCAAUCGCGAGGCGAGGGUGGACUCCGAUCUGGCCGAGGAAGCUGAAGUGGAAGUGGAGGCACCAUUAAUAGCGCCUGCAGCGGUGAAGAAACCAGCCAAGACUAAAGGCAAGAAGAGCUCAGCGGCCAGCAAGCGGCAGACCCAAAAGCUGGCCAAGUCAGUGCCUCAAAUCACACCGAUUAGUUCCGGGGAAUCCUGCUACGCCACCUCAUCGAUUGGGUCGCCCGCCUCCUCCGCCUACGCCUCGUUAUCCUCGUCGUCCAACAGCCACAGCAGCAGCAGCAGCCCCGGACUGGAGGUAGAUAGUUUGGUGGGAUUACACGGAAUCAGCGAUCUGGACACUCUGCUGCUGGAAGCCUCCGACGGAGACUCUCUUACCUGCUUGAGUCCGGGAUACGAGAGCCUGCUAACCGGAAGCGGGGAAUCCCUGUUACCCGGAUGUCGCGGCGAUAUUCCCAUGUCGGCCCUGGAAAAAUCGGAUGUUGAGCUCAGCCUGCGAUUGUUGGAUCAGAGAUCGGCGGACUCCUUUGACUUUGGCAGCGAUCAGCAGCCCUCGGCCUGCAUUAGCUCCCUGGCCAGCUUGGAGGGUUAUCCCUUCAGCGACCUGCUUCAAAGCGAUUUCCCCGACAUGUUUCUCACGUGACGCGUAUUCAUUAGUGUCCUUCGAAGCUCCUGUUAAGCCUAACCCUCGAUUUAAGUUAGCGUGCGAGUUGUAGUCCAACUUUCACAUUUAGCAAGCGCCCUUGCGGCGGAAUUCAUUGUGUCAUAGCCAGCAGUUAUUGGGAUUUAUCCAGAGAAUCCGCAGAAUAGAAAGGAGAAGAGGAGCUGCUAACACCGCCACAUCCACAUGAUAACUCAACUAGUGAUCUAAGCAUUUCUUUGUGAAGCAUUUCUCGUUAUCGUGUAAAUAAAGAGCACCAAGUGUUGUUUCAUUACUUUAA